AUGCAGCAUAUAAUAACGCAGGACUUCGCCCGCAAUCAGGACCCUGCCGUCUCCUCCUCAGCUUCGGCCACAUUCCAGAGCGUGGUGCCCCCCGUGUCCUCCUCAGGCCGGGCCAAGGUGCCCAGCCGCUACAGUCCUGAGAAUCAGGUCCAGGCCUCACACCACCAGAGACCCUCCAGCAGAGUUUCUCCAGAGAGCGGCCCCGACAAGCCCAGAGCCAGGCCUGGGAAAUCUCCCGAUCGAGGCGGCAGGCAGAUGGAGAACUAUGAACCCAUUUCUCCACCGCAGAGCUACCAGGGCAUGGACAAACAGGAGACAGGCGGACCUCCGCCGCAGAGACGAGAGGCCGACAACUCCGAGAUCAGGAGUGACUCGCGGUCCCCGGGGAGCGUCAGCUACCUGCCGUCCUUCUUCACCAAGCUGGAGAACACCUCGCCGAUGGUGAAAUCCAAGAAGCAGGAGAUCUUUCGUAAGUUGAACUCCACCUCUGGUGUCGGUGAUUCUGAUGUUGGAAACGCGCAACCAGGCACAGAGAUUUUCAACCUGCCUGCCGUCACCAGCUCCAGCAGCAUCAACCCCAGAAAUCACUCCUUCAGCGACCCGGCCAGCAACCUGGGCCUGGAGGACAUCAUCCGCAAAGCCUUGAUGGGAAACCUGGAGGAGAGACAGGAGGAGCACCAGGGAGGACUCGCAGCUCAGUGUCCCAUCAACAACGCGCCCGGCGCCGGCAGCGACGCCCGCCAGGAGGCCAACCCGUCGCCCAGUAUGGGGAAGCAGAAGCAGGCUAAAGCCAACAGCCGCAAAUCCAAGUCUCCCAACCUGGGUCAGGGCUACGCCGGAGGCGAGCGUCCCUCCUCGGUGUCCUCCGUCCACUCCGAGGGAGAUUAUCACAGACAGGCUCAAGCCCAACCGCAGUGGAGCUGGGACGACCGACCCUCGUCCACAGGGUCCAUGCAGUUCCCGUAUAACCCGCUGACCAUGCGCAUCCUGAGCAACACGCCGCCCGCCUCCAUGGCGUCCCCCUCCAUACAGAGCCAGCAGCAGCAGCAGCCGCCGCCUCCCGCCGGAGCCCCGGUGGCUCAGCAGCGCGUGUGGCAGUCUCUGCUGUCGGAGCAAUACGAGACCCUGUCCGACAGCGACGACUGAGCCCGGCUCGCCGCAGCCCCGAUCACCGCGAGAGAGGCCUGCGCUGAGUCUCUCCGCCUCCCCCACUUCCUCCCAGAACUAUCCUCGCUCACCUGCGAGUGUGACAAGAAGACGGGGGCGGUGCCCUGUUUGUUUUUUUUGUUUUUUUUCGGUGCUAUGGCGCCCCCUGGCGGCUCGCUGAGAGUACAGGCAGCAGCCCGUGGCAGGCAGGGCUCUCCAGAACAAGACUGGCUUCGGUCUGGAAGCACUCACCCGGCCUGUUUUUGGGGAAACUCGACGGAGGGGACGACACGAGUAAAGAUGAAGAACUUAAAAUGUAAAAAGAAACAACAUAAGAGACUAUUUCAGAUUUUGUUCUUUUGAUUUCUGUAAAGAUAUUUCUCGUCUUUAAGAAAAUCGUUGUAUGUAAAUAGAGUAACCUUUUUGCAGUGUUUUUCUUAACUUGAUUCUUAUUUUAAUGUCGCUUUUAAAUUGAUCCACUUUAAAUGGGAAGAGCAGGGGUGUAAUCUUUGGUAUGACAGUCGGUCUCUCCCGGUCCCAGUCCCGCCAGCGUGACCUGACACCCGCUCUAAAGUUUUUACCACAGCGACGCAGAGAGACCCUUUUUUUGGGGGGUUUGUACUUGACCAGUGGAGCGCAGAGAUCCACCGAGCACCACCGGAGCCUGGACAUCGUGGAAACAUUUCACACAGCAGUCGAUGCUCAGCGCCGACGCUAACGUCUCACCCCCGUUUCUAGACAGAAAUGUCGUCAAAACAAGUUGAGAACACUGGUGUCAAAGCAGAAAGUCUGAUAUAAGCUCGCCGCAAAAUGACUACUCCUGGACCCCGUCUGAAUUAAAGUGAGCCAAUGUUUUAUUUUUUUUAUUUUUUUCCGGUAGAGCUGACCGUGGCGUGUCACACGUAGCUGUCUCUGCAGUUUCCAACCUGUCCAGAAUGAUCUGCUCUGCAAUGUUGUCAUGGUAAAAAAAUUCUAUAUAUAUAGUAUGUCAGGUUUUGCCAUGCCUUGUGACUUGAGAAAGAAGGCAGCUUUAACUAAUUUUCUCAGAGAUAUACGUUGGUGUUUGAUGUUUGUAUUUGUUUCUUUUAGUCCCUCUUUUUUUUUUUUUUUUUUUUUUUGAUACUGUCCUGACAAAAAUCUGAACUCUGUAAAAUUGUCUUUCCAUUACACAAAAAGACAAAACUAACCAAACAUAAAGAAUGGUCUGCACCAUUGUUGCACUUUUUUUUUUUUUUUUGCUUUGUAGCUUUUGACGAGAAAAACAAAAAAGCAUACUACCUGCUGUGUAACUUAUUCAGCCUCCAGCACAGGAGUAUACGAAGAUGUGCUUUAACUCUUUCCCCACCACUCACAGAAAUCUGGAUGUUCUGACUUCAUGUCUGUUCUUGUAGCUGGUACAUGAUUUUUGUUUUUGUAGUGCAUCACAGUUACAGUUUUUAAGUGUUUGGUACCGUUAAAUGUUUUAGGAGUUUGCCGUCACGGCGAGUCAAAGCCGCGACCACUUAAUCUCUGCUUUCAUCGUGUCAAUCAACUUUAAAUAUGAAUUAUUAUUAUUAUAGGUCAACUUCAUAAAUGGCAGUAAAGUUCCUUUGCAAGUAUGUGAAAAACAACAAAAAAAAUUCUGGCUUUCAACUUCGCUCAGUUAACGAAAAAUCCAUCUGCUCUAAACUUUCCUUCCUUUCCUUUUCGUUUUGAUUUGUCAGAGCACAUUUUUUUAUUUUCUGUCAUUUUCAACAUGAUCCAUCCCGCUCACACGGGAUGUUAUGUGUUUACAAAGUCAAUGACAACGAGAAAAAACGAAAAAAAAGAAAAAAAAACGUUUACAAACUUGAAUCUUAAAAAGAAAAUCCGACAUGAAGCCGAAAAAGAAUUGGAGCAUCUUUUCAGCUCUCUAUCAAACACACACACACACACACACACACACACACACACAGUGGUGACUUUAUUUUUGACUUGAAAAUCCCGUGUAUCCUAUGAUGUUGAAAUGCAAUGUUUGUAUCGCACAAUGUCUCUUAGUAGGCUAUUACAAGAGUUCAGACCAAUCAAAUAAAGUGGAUCAGUUCUCCA